ACAUUGUCUAUAUUAACCUUAUAAAACGUAUAUAAGUUAAAUUUGUUUUUAAAAAUUUUUUUAUCGUGUUAACUAAUCAUCCGUAAUUAUUUAACGAAUAUUUUUUUGCGUUUUCACUUUCUAUUGCUGUUAAGCUCUUUUCAUUCAUUUCCAAUUUAAUUUGAUCACUAUAUUAGUGCGCACCUGUCGUUUCAGUAAUAAUCAUUAUACUUCUUAUACUUUUUGCACCAUGAUAAACACAGGAAAAUUGGCAGGACUUACUAUUUUCAUAACGGGAGCAUCACGAGGUAUUGGAAAGAGUAUUGCUUUAAAGGCAGCAAAGGAUGGAGCAAAUAUAGUAGUUGCUGCAAAAACAGCAGAACCUCAUCCAAAAUUACCAGGCACUGUUUACAGUGCAGUUGCAGAAAUUGAAGAAGCAGGUGGUAAAGCUCUUCCUUGCAUUGUCGAUAUCAGAGAUGAAGGACAAGUGAUAUCUGCUGUUGAAAAUGCAAUUAAUAAAUUUGGUGGCAUUGAUAUCGUUGUUAACAACGCAAGUGCUAUAUCUUUAACAGGUACUCUGGCCACAGACAUGAAAAAAUAUGAUCUUAUGAAUAAUAUUAAUGCAAGGGGUACUUUUCUUGUGUCGAAGUUAUGUAUACCUUAUCUAAAAAAGAGCGCUAAUCCUCAUAUAGUAAACAUAAGUCCACCAUUGAAUAUGAAACCAAUUUGGUUCCAAAAUCAUCUGGCAUAUACUAUGGCCAAAUAUGGAAUGUCCAUAUGUGUACUUGGCAUGGCAGAAGAGUUUAAACAAGAUGGUAUUGCUGUUAAUGCUGUAUGGCCAAAAACUGCCAUUCAUACUGCUGCAAUUGAGAUGUUAACAGGGCCGAACUCUAGUAAUUACAGUCGUAAAGCUGAAAUUGUGGCAGACGCCGUUUAUGCUUUAAUUUGUAAAGAUAGUAGAUCUAUCACCGGACAAUUUUUAAUCGACGAAGAUAUAUUAAGAAAGGAAGGCAUUACUGAUUUCAAAAAUUACGCUUGCAAUCCAGAAAAUGCAAAUAAUUUGAUGCUUGAUUUUUUCCUGGAUGAUUAUACUAAUUCCAAUAUCGAUUUGAAUACUAUAAAGGAUACAAUUAAACAGCCAUCCCAGAAAUCUGUUGAUUUUGGUAGUGGAAAAGUUGCAGAAAUAUUUUCUGUUAUUAAUGCUAAAUUAAAUGCAGAGCUUGUUAGCAAAACUAAUGCUCUAUAUCAAUUCAAUGUGAAAGGAGAAGAAGCUAGUACAUGGUAUUUAGAUCUUAGAAAUGGUAAUGGUUCUACUGGGAAAGGUGAACCAAAAGAUCCAGAUGCAAUCCUUACAAUGAAUUCGGAACAAUUCUUUGCAAUGUUCUCUGGUAAAUUAAAACCAACAACCGCAUUUAUGACAGGAAAGUUGAAGAUCAGUGGUAAUCUUCAAAAAGCUAUGAAAUUGGAAAAAUUAAUGAUUAGCUUAAAAGCUAAACUUUAAGACUGACAUCUUAUUUAAUUUUAUAUAAUUUCUUCAACGUAUUACGAAUAUACAAAUUGAAAUGAAUCGAUUGUUAUAUACUUUUUUAAUAUAUACUAAAUUUUUAAAAAAUUAUAUUCUUUGUUAUACGAAAAGAGA